GGCGGCUGCCGAUUUUCCCUGGGAGCACGACGGCGGCGCGGUGGCCGUUGUAGUAGACGUGAGUAUCGCGACCGGCCGGAGGGACGUCCCCCAGCCGUUUACACAUCGUCCGUGCUCUCCGCGGCCACCGCGUACGCAUACGUUUAGGACCCGCGUUUCGCGCGCGCUCGUUCACCGUUUCAGACAUCAACAAGUGUCGUCGUCGUGCGCGAGACCGUCGCGUCAACACGGCCGCAGGGAAACAGGAAAAUCCCGAACAAACGGAGAAAACCGCACUGUUGCUGCGAGGAUAAAAAUCUCCGCCGUCGUCAAUAAUACCGAUAUCUGUUGCACAAUAUUAUUCGUUCAUCAACACCUCAAUACAAAAAUGGAAUCUGAGCCGGUAAUUGUGGUGGAUCAAGAAAACUGUUUCUAUGAAGAAGACGAAGAUAUAGAUGAUGUGGCCGGAAAUGGGCAAGGAUGUCCCGACACUCCUCCGCAGGACCCGUUUUUCCUAUCACCUUUUAGAGACAUGCGGAAACGCUCAUUACCGACACCGCAAUGCACAUCGGGAAUAACUGCUAGUCAAGUGCGGAGGUUGAGCGAUCAGGGAGCAGCCGGUGCAGCCGCCAGGGAACAGGCGUUCUUGGCCACGUUGACCCAGGCACCGGGGCCCUACACCCCGGGUCGCCGACAUUCGGUCAUCACGAUAUCAAAGGCUCCUAUGCCGUUGUUCGGCCGCAACAGGCGCGAAUCGAUCGCAGCGUUCCCCAGCAAGGGUCCGAGGGUGAACCGCAGGGACUCGGCAGGUGGCGCCACGCCGUCUCCCACCGGUAGCCAGUUCAACUUGCAGCUGGACAUCAUGGACGACAUAGCAGACAUCAAGGCGGCGCGGAAGGUCCGGAUGAAGAUGUGGCAAACGGAGGACAAGGAAAAGAUGUGCGAACUCCAGUCGAUGGACGGCGAAAACAAGCAAAUGUCCAGGUUCAAGGAGGCCAGGAGGUAUUCCAACAUCGACGUGUGCGAAAAAAUCGCUCCGCCCAUACCUCCCCGGCGGCGCGCGUCGGAACUGCCUCCCAACUCGACGCUGCAAGCCGGCAAACCGUCGUCGGCGACCGCGUCCGCGGCCCAAACGUCCGGGAUCGUGUGCACGAACACCGAUCUGCUGUCGAUAAUGAACUCGUUGAAGUCGACGGCCACCAAAGCGUUGCAGUCGACCAAAGGCGGUGGCCAGCGGCAACGGGGCAGCAGCAAGACCACGGACAGCCUCCCGACCGGCGUGGUCGGUGACGCCAGUGCAGGCGGCGACCGUCGCCGGGACGUGCUCCGUGCAGGUCGGUCCAACAGCGUGGACGUGGCCAACAUAGGCGCGGCGGCGGCCAUGGCGGCCGCGGCUGCGGGUAACAGCACCAGGAACUGGUUCCGGAAAAUGUCCACCCGUACCGCGACCGCGGUAUCGAUGGCGGGCGGGCAGCGGGGAGCCGACGCCGAGUGCGCGGAACAGCGUCUGGCCACCGGCGGCUGCGGCGGCGGCGAGUACGUGGUGCAGAAGUCACCCGUCGUCGUGACGUUUGCGGACGAACGGCCAAAGGUGUCGCUGUUGAUCGAUCCGUCGUCGUCGGGUUGCAAACCGGACAAGCACUGCUCGGCUGCACCGCUGUCCCCGCCGCCGCCGCCGCCACCGCCGCCGUCGUCGUCGUCCGUCGACAAGAAACCGGCGCCCAACGGUGGUGACGUAGUGGUGUGGGACCGGCCCACCGGUUCGGUGGUGAACGCCGAGGUGCUGGGCACGGCCAUCGAGGGCUUCUUGGCCGCCAAGAAGACGGGCGACAGCGCCGACACGUCGCCGACCGCCGACGGCGAGCACCACGAACACCUGUCGCAGCAGCAGCCGCCGGGCGGCAAGCCCGUCGCCAAGACGUCCGCCGACCCGAGCACGGCCGCCCGCACGUGCGACACGUCCAUCUGUUCGUCGCUCAAAGAUCUGUUCGUCAAAUAGCUAUAAGACCGCUCGUGCCGGUCAAUUCGCCUAUGUAAUUAACUCUACAUUACGAUUAAUUACGACGUAUUGUUAUCGCGUUAACAAUGUGGACUGCAAUGUCAUGCUCACACAUAUUAUUAAAAUCAUUUACAACCAAACAAUGAUACCAUCUACCCAGUAACCCACCCGCACACACACACACACACGUAUACCCGACAUCGUCCGCCCGCACCCACAACCCUCCGAGAAACUUUGGAGGCUCUCGAACGGCCUUGUUUUUGCAUCGCAACCGUUUCGAAACGUUUUAUGAUUUAUGUAAAUGCAUUAUACCCGUAUCGUUUAUCUCGGAGAGAAUAAUUCGAUUUCGUCAUAUCGCACUAUAUAGAUCAGCGGUUCCCAAACUUUUACGACCAAGGCACCCUUAAAAAAUUGUUUGUGUUUCGCAGAACCCUAAUGUCUA